GUAAGCCCCGAGUGGCAAUUCCCAACUCGUUGUAAGCCCAAAGGAAAUCCGCAAAAGUACACUCAAGUACUCGCCAAGAUGUUCCAAGCCAAAUCCGUUUGCCUCCUGCUCGCCCUCUGCCUCUUGGCCUUUAUUUUGUCCGGAUCUGAGGCCGUGCCACGCCCACAGGAGGGUCGGGAGGAGGGCGGCGACCAGGAGGCCAACGUGGAGGCCGAGGAGAAGGAUCUGGAGGGAGCCGCCUCCUUUGGAUAUGGAUACUACUCAUCGCCCUACCUGGGAGGCUACUACGGCGGCGGAUAUUGGCCGCAUUACAGCGGUAGCUACUACGGAAUUGGCUAUCCCUACUAUGGAGGCUACGGUGGUUACGGUGGCUACUACGGACACCAUGGACUCCAUGGACACUAUGGCCACUACUUCUGAGAAGGAAUAUUAGCCUUAACACAAAAAACAAAUCGUUUCCAGCCUCAGUAGAACUGCAUUAGCACUAGACAUCUGCCAACACUAGCUCGUUUAGAAAGAAAUAAGUAGCGAAAUAGAAGCCGACAAAGAUAUCAUUAAUAGCAAUAGCCAGCACUAGCCUCAAUUGCCAGACGAUGCGUUCUUGACCGAAUGGCAAACAGAUUAACUGCACUGCCCCCUUUGUGCGAGGAUAAUUGCUUCAAUUAAGCAGAAAAUCACAAAAAAAGAGUACAACCAUCUUAAUAUU